AUGCAGACUGCCUCUUAUUAUCCAGUCCAGGGCCAGGAAUCCGGGGUCAUGGAAUUCGGAUAUUCUAAUACGCCUCCUAAGUACACCGAAAUGGAAGGUGAAGAUGCCAGUAUAAAUAGCAGGGAUAGCCCCAGAUUCCCGGGGCCAACCUCUUCUCUCGAUUAUCAAUAUCAACGGGCUAGCUCUUAUGUCCACAGCCUACCUAGGGAUAGUGGCUCCUCUAGACGACAUUCCCGUGAGAGGGGCCUGCAACCUCUUCAGAAACCAGUUGUCAUUCCUCAAAUGACCACAGCAAGGGGUCAGCCAUUCUCAAGAGCAUACUCCCCUUUGUUACAAUCAUAUGGCAUUACAGCAGUGGAGUUUAUGGAAUUCAUUGACAAUCUGAAUAUUGAAAAAGGAAAGGGUUUUAACAACCCUCUUCAGGGACUGGAUAUGCCAAUUGUGUCGGGAUUAGUAAAUAGAGCCACUAAUAUGGCCACAAGAGCAGGAAUCCUAGAUGGAUUCAGUGAAAAUUUGGACCAGUUCCUGUACCAUGCUAAUCAUGAUAUAUUCUUCCCACGACAGCUUCAGGUGAAAAUAUGCACUACAUCCGAGUUACAUUCUGUUCUGGAUCUGCCUCGUGGAAUCAGUGUAGGAAGUCCUAAUGAACUCUCCAAACUCAGCAACUUCAUUUCUCCUCUGACAUUUGACGUUCCAUCUCCCACUAGACAAACGUUUUCAUUCCAAAAUAUUAUGCCCCAACAACAUGUCACCUCUUCAUACUGCCAUGAUCACAGACCCUCCAGAUGUGAGCAAAGAAGAUCUGAUAGAGAGUACAGGAGGUUCUCCAGAAAGCAAGAUAGAGAGCUGCACAAACUAGAGAGAAACCUGGACCGAGCUAACAGAAAAAGCGAGCGAGACAUCAGCAAGGCAUUUAAUAGAGGAGACUCAAGAAACACUCAAGUCGUCAACGCACUCCAAGAACAAGAACGUGAAAUGUAUAGGAUCCAGCAGGACAUGGCGAUGCUGCGAUUACAGACGAGGUCUCGAGGGGAUAACUGCAGUCCCUCCUGCCAUGGAUACACCAGCACCCCACUACUGUGGCUUGUGGUAGUUAAUAUUUAA